AUGAAAAUGUCACGGUCAAUUUCCGAGGCACUUCCAUCACCUGGGUUAUCACAGUCACAAUCCCGUACAUCCACGCCAGUCCCUCAAACGAACCGCCGAUCGAUCCAGAGAGAAGCCGCCGAUAUUGCAAAUCCGACCGUCGAGCAAUCACAAAACAACUGGAAAAGCAAACGGAGAAUCAUAAGCGCCUGUUUGAUGAGUUUUGGAAAUGGGGUCAACGAUAGUACUCCAGGUGCCGUCAUUCCGUACAUGGAGACAGGUUACAAGAUCGGAUAUGCUGUUGUCUCUCUUAUUUUUGUGGCCAAUGCCGUGGGAUUUAUUCUAGCAGCUCCGGUUACCCAUGUCUUGGAGAGAAAAAUCAGCCACUCAAAGAGUUAUGCUGCUGCCAUGUCAUGCUUGGUGAUCGGGUAUGCUAUCGUUGUUUCUGAGCCUCCGUUUCCUGUUGUCGUGAUCACCUUCCUUUUGUACGGGUUUGGCCUUGCAGUGAACUUGGCUCUUACCAAUGCAUUCUGUGCCACUCUACCCAAUGCGACUGUUUCGCUGGGCUAUUUACAUGGUGCUUAUGGGAUUGGCGGAACCGUGGCCCCCAUCAUGGCGACGAGCAUGGCCUCUAACGGAAUUAGUUGGUCCUUGUUCUAUACCAUUCCUUUAGCCAUUGCCGUACUCAAUAUGACCCUAGCGCUAUGGGCCUUCUCUCACUCUGAAGAGGAAAAACCAUCUGAAUCCGAAAGAACCUUAUUCCAGUCUGCUUCUGGUGCGAUGUCUCGCACGCAAGUUCUGAAAAAGGCCAUACAAAAUCGUACCACGCUCCUCGGUGCGUUGUUCAUUUUUGUUUACCAAGGCGCCGAAGUCUCCGUUUCUGGCUGGCUGGUAUCCUUUCUCAUCAGCUAUCGCCAUGGCGAUCCCUCCCGCGUUGGAUACGUUAGUGCUGGCUUCUGGGCGGGAAUUACAGUCGGCCGACUUUUUCUCACCUACCCGGCAACCAAAUUGGGCGAGAAGACCUCGGUUGUCUUGAUGAUUUUGGGCGCUAUAUUGUUUCAGCUUUUGAUUUGGCUUAUUCCUAACCUCAUUGGGGAGUUCUAUAUAUAG